CCCGAUGCGAGAAACGCAUCGGUGCCUCUGAAAGGUUGUUAAAUUCCACGAUAGAUAAAUAAUCAUCUUUAGGUGUAAUGGUUGUGGUUUUUCGGCAUGGAGGUAAUCGAAACAAUUGUGAUACAGAGUCCUGAAGUGGAAGGAAAGGAAACGGUCGUGUCCACCGUGGACGCCGAUAAAACCAAAGCAGAAUUUAUUUGGACACUGCAGGCUACAUGGCACCUUAUCAACAUCCGACUGGAAAUGGAUCAGGCUUUUGACCAGCCAGUUUGCAAGAAAAAGAAACUUUGGGAAAUGGUGGCAGAGAAGGUGAACGCCAAACUGAGGGAGUCAGAGGUCACAGAUGUCACCGUGAAGGCAUAUGAGUGUGAUCUCAAGUGGAGAAACAUGCUGGCCACGUACAGGAAGAACGCAGAGCGAGCCAAGAGGCUGGGGACGGCCAGUGUCCACUGGGAAUUCUUCAAGGCCAUGCACGAGGUCCUGGGCAAGAGCAGGGAGGAGAUCGAAGCCCAGCGCAGGGCCAAGCUCAGUGGGACGAAAGUGGGCAAGGCCAUAGCCAGCAAGAGGUUUACCCCUAUCCUCCCCACACCUCCUGCAGCGGCCACUCCCUGCUCUGCCCGGCCUCCACAGGACGUCCUACAGCUUUACAUGGAGCUGCAGGAGAGGAAGAUGAACAUGUGGGCUCAGCAGAAAGCCCUGGAGGAGAGGAAGAUAGAGGCCAUCAACAAUCUGGCCCAGGCCAUCUCCAGCCUAGCUCAGAAGAACAGCACACAGAUGUCAAAGGAGGCCUGAAGAGACGUGAAGUGGAUCUGAACGUCUUACCAAAAACUUUUGUGAUACUGCAGAGAGAAAAGUGUUUAUAGUUUAUGUUUGUAGACUGGUCAUGUUGGCACAUUUGAACUUUUACAGUUUAUAGAACAGUUUGGCCAGUCUGAAUUCUGUAGAGCUGAACUGAACAUAUUUCUGAAUAAAUGAAAACACUUCUGAAAAGGAGACAUAUACUCACAUAUAAUGCCCUGGGCAGUUCUCAUUUAUACUGCAUCAGAUUACAUGCCUCCUCAAAGCUGUUCUCUUCUGUUGGUUUUCCAGUGGAUGUAAUCCUCACUCAUUUUUAUACCAAAAUACUAUUUUUUAAUAGAGGCACCAUAAGGACACAGUAAAGAGCAAUGAUAUGAUCACGAUCAUUCAUAUUUUUCAGUGAAAACAUUACAGCUUAUUUAUACUGAUAAUUAUUAUUCUUAAAUUGUAUUAAUAACUGUAUUCAUAGGCAUGUUGGUACUGUGUUAAUGUAUUAAUUAAAAUACACUUUAUCAGACAGUAUGAACAACUUCACAAUGUGAUGUGUUCCACUAAACAACCCUGCAAUAAAUAUUACCUUUGUGAA